AUAAAUAGUUCAUAAUAUUGAUUCCCUUUCGGUGUUUAUUCACAGACUCUGGAAUCCAAGUAUCAUGCGCCAGGGAGGGACUCGAUCAUCGAUACUGCUCUUGUGAGUUCGCACUUUCACCAGCAGGUACCUGGGGUACACAGUUUAAAUUUAAAGUGAAAAAAAUAUAGUCAGAUGAUUCAUGUCCCGUAAUGUUGUCUCUCAACAAAGCCAAGCACAACAGUAACAACAUCAGGAGGCUACAGACCUGUAACUAAGAGUACGUAUACUGAGGUUCAAGGAUGGCCAGUGAUCACGGUGGGCCACAGCAGGGGACGAUGCCCUUAGAUACAAGUAAUGCUAUUGUCAAUCAACCACUUGGACAUCAUGAGCAGGUUGGAAGCACACCGGAUGAUAUCAUAAUAAGAACAUCUAGUGACACACCUGAACAUGAGUCUACCACAGGGACGACAUUGUCUGAUGUUAAUGUUGUAAGAGCUAUGGAAGAGGACGAUGCUGACUUUGCGGGUAGAAUGGAAGUGGAAUCGUUUAGAUCUAAAUAUGAAUGUGCGGUAGGAAAGAACAGAAUGGAAGAAUGUACCGUCAUACGACAGAAUAAUUAUCGAGAUACAGAUGAUAAAAACUGUAGGAUCUUUAUUGCUGAAUAUAAAAACAAACGUGCCGGGAUGCUCUUCCUAAAAUUCCAUGGAUAUAAAGGAAGGAGUUCAUCGACGUGUGACCUCUAUGAUAGACUUGGAUGUCGUAGCACACAUGGUAUGCUGUGGUACAUUUGUCUGGAGAACGCGGCUUCGAUAGAUCCAGUAGAGUGUUACAUAGAAUGUAUAUGUGUUGACAAGGAGCACAGAGGCAAAGGGAUUGGCAAGAUCCUAAUGGAACGAGCAGAACAAGAGGCAAAAGCAAUAGGAUGUUCAAAAAUGACUCUCCAUGUUGCUCAAAGUAACCGCGCAAUAUCUCUUUACCAAAGACAAGGCUAUCAUAUUGCCAAAGACAUUGAUGGAUGCUGUUGUGUAUGGUGUAUAGUUGGUAUAAGGAAAUGGUACACGAUGUCUAAGAUGAUAUAGGGUAUUAGGUAGUUGACAACUUGCAAUGUAUGAACUUAGACAAUGCAAGGGGUAAUAAUUUUGAACAUUACAGCAAUAUACUGAUAAAGAAAUAUUGGUAUACUUUACGAACAUCAUGAAGAGUAAUUCACUCCAAUGAAUAUCCCAAAUUCGUCAUAUUUGAGGUGAAGGCCAAAAUGUGUUACAAAACAAAGAAGAUGGACCUUGAAAGAGUUCAGCCAGCCACAUGGAAAACAAGCCCUAAAAUAAAUAGAAUCACUUAUACAGUAGUCAAUAAAAUUGUCUUGGAGAAGUGCUUUAUAGCCUAAAAUUACUGGAC